AUGAGUGCACCUAGAACACCAACUAAAUCAGCAGGUUCCAAAUCUAGUGAAUCAAAAAAUCCUCGUGAAUCAGGCAGUCAAAGUGGAACGCCACCAACAGGUAGUGCUCAACGUCGUAGUGCUGCUGGUUCCCAACUUGGUUCACCAGUUGUUCGAUCAGGUGCCGCAAGUGCUGUUUCGCCUUCAGGAGCACGUGAUAAACUUAGUUCAGCUACUAAUAAACAAAAUGCAGCUAGUCCAGUACCAGCGCCUAAAUCAGCUACGGAAAGAGUGGAAGUUGCAGAAAAUGCUCAUUUUUUACCACCUGGCAUUCAUACGAUUUUUAUAUCGUCAACAACGCAGCAAGCAAUGCAAUUAUGCGUUGACGAAGAUUUAACACAAGAAAAUAAUUCGAAAAUGAUUGAUAAAGAAAUUCUUCUUAAUGACAUACAAACCAAUGGACAAGGUUCAAACUUUUAUGAAUUUCAACAACAAAUACAGAGUUAUCCUGAAAAUGAAAUAGCUAUUAUAUAUGAUUAUGAUUAUUAUUAUUCACAAAAUUUUCUUAUCUGUUUUGAUUCAAAAUUAAAGAAACUUAUAGAAAAUCCGCCUGUUACAUUGCCAAUACAAGAGUCCGAUGAAGUUGAACAAUAUGUUCCACCUGUAUCGAAAAAAUGGAUAUCACUUGGAAGUGAAGUCGAAAUUGAUAAUGAACGUUUAGUAUUGAAUCGACCACUUAAACGUUACAAAAUCAAAGUUCCAGAUCGUAUUGCAACUACAGUAUCACCGAGUGAAAAAUUUAAAGAUCUUGAUCCUGAUAUUGAACGUAAAAAAAAUUUUAUCAGCAUAGAACAAUGUGAAGAUAAACAAUUCGAAUUAAAAAAGAUGGAACUUGACCUUGCAAUUCAGGCAGCACCCACCUAUCGUGAAAAUUCUGCUCAAACCAUUUGGCGUUAUCCAAAAAAUCAAUGGACUCAAUAUGAAGCACGUACACUUACUGAAGAAGACAAAAUUAAAUCUAUGGGAGAUCCAGCAUUAAUGAAUAUGAUUACGAAUGCAAAAGAUUUAUUUAGCGAAGCACUGCAACAAAAUAUUAUUCAUGAUCCAUUUUAUCUUGAUUGGAAAGAACUUGGUGGUAAUCUUGAUGGAUUAGGUGGUCCUGGUGAUUCACACCUUAAAGAAUAUCAAUCAUUUUCAUCUAUCAAACAAUCGCGAGAUAAAGUUGUUACUUGUGUUCAAUGGCAUCCAACAUUGCGAGGUAUUAUUGCUGUAUCACUUGCUGCUGGACAAGGUUUUGAUGAACGAACAGAUAAUCUUAGUCGAACCAAUACAUCACCAUCAUUGAUUCUUAUUUGGUCAUUUGUUGAUCCUAUUCAACCAAAAUUGUAUUUAGAAGCACCAGAUGACAUUCAAUGUUUUCAAUUUUCACCGACAGAUCCACAUGUGAUAGCUGGUGGUUGUAUUAAUGGGCAAGUUGUCAUGUGGGAUAUAAAAGAAUACGAAGAACGUAUUAAAAAUCCCCGUGGUGAUCACCGCGACAAAGAUUUAUUUAUUCCUGGUUUUGAAGAUGAAACAUUUUUUCAAACACCACAUAUUCGUUAUUGUGCUGUAUCAAGCAUUGAAAAUGGCCAUUCAGAACCGAUUACAGAUCUUCAAUGGAUUCCCGAUCAUUAUCAAGUAACAGUACAAGGUUUACCAACAGAAAAUAUUGCUAUGAAUUGUUCUCAAAUAAUAACAUGUGCAUUUGAUAAUCAAGUUCUUUUUUGGGAAACACGAGUACCGCGUGCCGGUGUUAAGCCAUUAUCAAAAAAAGAACGAGAAAUUAAUCAUCCCAUGGGUGUUCCAUUAACAUUUAAACAUUUAGAUCUUAUUUGGAAACCGUAUCUUCGUGUAACAAUGCAAAGUCCUGAAACUGGCAUGGUGGAUUUUGCUCCACGAAAAUUUUCAAUGCGUGAAAUUCAAGGUGAUCGCGAUGUUUUAAAUCAAGAAGAAAAAGACUUGUUUGAAAAGAAAAAAGAUCCUAGCCUUGGUCAAUUUGUGAAUCCACUUGAUGAUCCUAACAAAAGUUUAUCACAAGCAAAAGCUAAAGUUCUUCAAAGUGUUGAUACAUUCUUUUAUAUUGGUACCGAGGAUGGUCAAUUAGUUUAUCAAGAUUGGAUGCCACAAAAAGAUCAAGAUUCAACGAAAUUUUCUACUCCAAAGGCAGCGUGGUCAACUGCUGUUGUUGAUGGCCCUGUCGUUGCUCUUAAACGUUCACCAUUUUUUAAAGAUAUUAUACUUGUUGCGGGUGGAUGGUUGUUUCAAAUUUGGAAAGAAAAAAUACAUUCUGGCGCACUUUUACAUGCAGCACCAGUAAAAGAAAAAAUAACUGAUGCUGAAUGGUCUCCAACACGACCAGGUGUUUUUUAUAUAUCAAAACAAAACGGAAGCGUUGAUAUUUGGGACAUCAUCGAUCGAACACAUGCUCCAUCGUUAUCUCAAUCUAUAUCAAGUUCAGCUGUGACUUUCCUUAAUAUAAAAGUUAUAUCAUCUAAACAACAGUUGUUGGCAGCAGGAGACAGUAAUGGUACACUUCAUAUACUUGAAGUGCCGUGGGCAUUACGACAACCAGUUAAUCAAGAAUUAGCUUUGGUAACAAAUUAUCUCGAACGUGAAACUGAACGACGUGGCUUUGUUAAACAUCGAUGGGAUUUACGUGAAGAGGAAAAACGUGAAAAAGAACGAUUAGCAUCAAUGAAAGCGGGUAUUGCUCCAAGUCAUAUUCCAACACAAGAAGAAAUUGAUAUAAGAAUGAAAAAUGAAUUUAAUGAAUUUCUUCAAUUUGAGUUUGGUGUUUUACGUGAAAUGGGUUUACGUGAUGAAAAUGAAGCGCCUGUUAUUUCAUCGGCGGCGACUUAA